AUGUGGGGCGGUGCAGCUCCGUAUCGCUCGAACCCUGUUGAUGCCGCACGAGCCACCGUUCCCCUGUCUGCUUCCUUCAGCAACCACACGCAUCCUCUCCCCUUCACCUUCCCACCAUCCCUUUCCCACCCAUCGACCACGAAGAUGAGUGCAGCAAGUUCGAGCGUGUCGGCCGACGUGGCGUACCUGCGUACGCUUCCCGCCGUUCGCGAGCGGUGCUACAAGAUCUUUGGCGAAGCCGCCGCGCAGGGUUCGCUCGAGUACUUCCGCUACGACGAAUCUCGCGAAGACGCGGUUGCGGACUACUGCAUCGAAAUCAUUGCGCGCGACUACGGUACGGACUAUGCGUCCAUUCCGCCCCACGGGCGGUGGCGACACUUUGACGUGGGCAACAUCCCGCGCGUGACGACUUUGCUCUCGUCGUGGGCUGCGCUGUCCACGCCCACCUCUACGCCGGCAGUGGAUGCGACCGAGGCAGCACGCCGGCUGGUGGACCUGUUUAUGGUGUCGGUGCUGCUCGAUGCGGGUGCCGGCACAAAGUGGACGUACGAGGAGAAGAAGACCGGUCUCUCGUACGGUCGAUCCGAGGGUCUGGCCGUGGCGAGUCUCGACAUGUUUACCGCCGGCCGAUUCUGCACCGAGUCCGACACCUCGUCCGGUCCUGGAGGAAAUCAUAAAGCGACUGCGGCGGGGCUACAGAAUCUGUCGUCCGACAUGCUGGCUAUCGACAUGCAGGUGCAUCCCGAUACCAACCCCAUGACGGGUCUCGAAGGCCGUGCCGCCUUGCUGAGUAAACUCGGCCAGGCGCUCGAAUCGGACGUGCAUGGGUUCUUCCGUGGACCUUCUGGCGCUGCACCUUCGCAGCGACGACCCGGAUUCUUGGUGGACUACCUCGCCACGCACCCUACCACGCGCACCGUGGACGGCAAGGUGGCAGUAAGCCUUCCCGUCCUGUGGGAGGUGCUUAUGUACGGGCUUGCACCUAUCUGGCCUGCAUCGCGCACGCACCUCGACGGCGUUGCCAUGGGUGAUGUUUGGCCCAACGCCACGCUUGCUCGUCUCUCCUCUGUCGCCACCGAUAGUGCCGGAGCGAUGGUGCCGUUCCACAAGCUGAGCCAGUGGAUGUGCUAUUCGCUGCAGGAAGCCAUGACCGCCACGCUUGGCUGGACGUUCGCCGACGCCGAACACGGCACCGGCCUGCCAGAAUAUCGCAACGGCGGACUGUUUGUUGAUCUGGGCGUGCUCGUGCCCAAACAGACGCUGCUCGAUGCGUCGCUGGACAAGGGCGAGAUUCCGGCCAUUCCGGCUGAACAUCCGGCGGUGGUAGAGUGGAGAGCCCUCACGGUGGUGCUGCUCGACCGGACCGCCGAAAAGAUCCGCGAGAAGCUCGGGUUGAAGCCCGAACAGCUCAACCUCAAGCAGGUGCUCGAGGCGGCAACCUGGAAGGGAGGCCGCCAAAUCGCGGCUGAAAAGAGACCCGACACCAAAGGUCCGCCGAUCAACGUCAUUUCCGACGGCACUGUCUUCUAA